AUGGAACAAUUUUUUCAACCAAAACGAAAGUCCAUACCUAAUUUUUCUACUUCUAGUUGUGCAUCUAGUCCUGCCACUGAUUCUAGUCGAGCACAAGAGUUAUUGAAUAACACUAAGAAGUCCAAGGCUCAAUUUAAAGUGGAUGAUCUUGUAUCUGAUCCAGGGAUACGCCCCCUAUCGAGUCGUAUGAUCCUAAUAUCAGAGAUGAUGUUAGGACGACAUACUUGGAGAAGGGUCCUUGUCAACCAUAUGGACAUGAUUUUCCAAGAAGACCGAUGGGGAAUGAUAAUAGAUGUUUUCGAAAAGAAUGGUUCUCCGAAUUUCAUUGGUUUGGAAUACAGUAUAGAAAAGGAUGCGGCGUAUUGUUUGCAUUGCUACUUGUACAAACCCAAUAGAGGGGGUCAAGGGGGUGGCCAUAUAUUUAUUAAGACCGACUUUAGGGAUUGGAAGCACAAAAAGACAUUGAAAGAUCAUGUCGAUCUCUUUGAUAGUGCUCAUAAUCAAGCUUUUGCAAAGUAUACCAACUUGAUGAAUCAAAAGCAAAGUAUCUCUUAUGUUAUGUCUAGCCAGAGUAGUAGUCAACAACAAAGUUAUAGGACCCGGUUGAAUGCGGUGCUAGAUUGUACUAGAUUCCUCUUGAUGCAAGGAUUGUCAUUUCUUGGUCAUGAUGAAUCGAAAGAGUCUCUUAAUAGAGGAAAUCUAAUUGAGUUACUGAACUGGUAUGCAGCUCGUUGUAAAGAAAUUAAAGAAGUAUUAUUUAGUAAUGCUCCUGGAAAUGACCAAAUGACUUCACCAACCAUCCAAAAGGAUUUGAUUAAUUUUUGUGCCGUAGAGAUGACAAGGGCUAUUAUCAAUGAGAUAGGUGAUUCUUUGUUUUCAAUUUUGGUUGAUGAGGCUGGUGAUAAUUCUAUGAAAGAACAAAUAGCAGUUGUUUUGAGGUUUGUUGAUAAAAGUGGGCAAGUGAAAGAGCGUUUUUUGGGUAUGUCCUAUGUCACUAAUACUUGUGCCCAAUCACUGAAGGAUGUCAUUGAUGCAAUGUUUUCUACACAUGGGUUGAACAUUUCUAGCCUGAGAGUUCAAGGCUAUGAUGGAGCAAGUAAUAUGUCAGGCGAGUUCAAUGGUUUGAAAGCUUUAAUUCUAAGAGAGAACCCACAUGCUAUGUAUGUUCAUUGCUUUGCUCACCAGCUUCAGUUGGCAAUUGUAUCUGUCGCACGUAGGAAUUGUAUGCUUAAUGAUUUGUUUAACAUAGUUACUAUUAUUGUGAAUUUGGUUGGUGCAUCAUGUAAGCGUGUAGAUACUCUUCGAACAAGUUAUCAAGCUAAUAUUUUAGAGAAGCUUAAUAUUGGGGAACUUACUGGUGGAAGCAGUUAG